CCUUUCUUUGCCUUACCUUGCCUCUGGUCUUUCCAGUUACCUCCUUCUUCUACCUCAGUACCUACUUCCUCCUGCUGAUUGACCACUUUUUCGCCUCAACCUUGAUCCAUGACUUCCCAUCUAUCAUUGCUUCUUUGCAGCGUUACAAUUUGAGGCAAGGAAGGUACUAAUAGCUACUCUCGGUAUGCCUGUCAUUUACCCGGAAAUAUAAUACCUGCCCAGACCCUUCCUGCUUCUUAUAUAUCCUACCUUACCUACUACUUCAUUUUCUUUACUGCUCUCUGCAUCCCAUUCCUUGUAUCUAUCUGUUUGUGGUUGAUCAGCACAACUUAAGAAAAACAACUGAAGCUCCAUCGUGUGCUUACACACUCUAUUUUUAUUCAUGUUUUUGUCACAUCAUCCGCUGACACCUUGUAUAACCAUCUCCCUCUCCAAUUACCCAGCCAUCUGAUAAAAACAAUACCUAUCUACCCUGACCUAGGUCCUAGGCCUUUGCGAUUGGUCCCUACUGUCAUUCUACCAACAUCCAUCAAACACCUUGCAUACAAUGGUUGUUUGUCCGGUCAGCAAAUCUCCUACUGCAUGAACUACUGCUAUCUCAGAAGGCUUAUCAUAUUUGUUACAUACCAUAUCAACAAUCACAUCAGGUCAAGAUUUACAAAUCGUUGAUUGAUGUGUUUUGACUACUUCAGCCUCUGACUUGAAUCAGCAUAUAUACCUACCUACCUUAUAUACCGACGUAUUGGAGGUGCAACACAGUACAAAUCAAGUCAAGUCAAGUCGAAAUAUCACCGUGCGACAUUCGCCUAGCUCGUCGUCCUCGGCCUCAUUAAUUGUCGACUUACACCGGGCCCAUACAACCCACCCAAGAACCCCGGUGCUUCGACCGGCCAAUCACCAACUCAGGACUUCUAGCUCAUCUAUUCUUUCGACUAUCCUACUGUACCUAUCUCAGAUUACACUACGCGCCCCAUCAAAGUCAUAUCCGCCUUCUCGUCAUUACUUCCAGUGGUGGCUCUCCCUCUAGUCUCUGCCAGUCCAGACUUAUACUGCCGAUCUUCUCGUGGGCCCUUCUGCUGUUUCAACGCAGUUCAAUUCAACGAAUUGUUGUCAAGUGAACUCAGGUACCCGCUACCGGGUCAUCAUCUUCUUCUGGACCCUGAAAUUCUUGUGCGGGCUGUGGCUUGGUGUUUCUGAGGGCCGACCUUUUUCAGUGAGGUAGUUUGGCCACGAGAGACAUCUUUGACGCUUCGUCUUCUGCAACCAUCACGAUUCCGAGCCCCCCUGGAUUUUAUCACUUCCCAAAUCUUCAGUAGAACGGGUGCCUUGUCCUCAUACCAGUCAUAAAACAACUCUUACAUUCGGCCAUUAUGUCGACACAGUUUCCAGUCUUCCAACAAGACCAGUUUGACAUUUUCGAAUGGCAUCCCAAGUUCCUAUCUUGUCUUCGGUACUUUAUCGAUCAUGCUCAGUAUAGCCCAGCAGUUCAAACUGUCGCUGCUUGCGUCAACAUUCUCCUCCCUUUCCAAAAAGGAAACUCACAUCCUCUAACGCCGACGCGCAAUGGCCCCCCUUCAUCUUCAUCUUCCUCCAGAGGGUCAGUCCCUGGAAGUUUACCCUUGGGAUCUACCUCAAUCACUCUCAUUCCUUACAUUCGCCGUCUCAUAGUGACGGGAUUCGAUACGCCCGCCGUUCUCCAUGGAUUCUUUGGCGACGAUUGGAUGCUCGGAAUUGGACGGGUUCAUGAGAGUGAGCGCAGAAACUACAUGUUUGCCGCUAAGAGCGAUAACUGGCUGAGAGUCAAAACUCAAUACGAUAUGGACGAUGGGCAAACAGUCCCAUUUCUGAGACCGCUACAGAACGUCACCGAGGAAGAGAUACAGGCCGCUGAAACCAACUGGAGCGAAUGGCUCGCAAUGCAAGACUGGAUGCUUGGGCCGAGGGCUCCGCCGGAUCUCAGCGAGCAUUUUGUCACGGUUAAGAAGGAACGUGACUGAUCAUAUGGGGGACGUUUACAAGCACAUAUCUUACAACUGGCUUAUGGUAAAAGGCAGCCGCUCCGGGCAUAUGAUAGAUGGACUGGAUACGAUGCUAAACUCAGCAUAUUGGAUGAAUCUCACUAUUAAAGGAAGAAAGCAAGUAGAUAGUUGAAUCACUUUGAUUAAAGGGUAAGGUAGGGAAUCAGCACCUACACUUUAGCCCUUGCUAGCAUAGCGAUGCCAAUUCACCGUUUUUGGACUCCUCUCACAUGCAGGCCUUCUGGAGUCCGCUGUCAUAUUUCAUUCCCUUGCGCCAG